GGUUUUGGUUUUGUGUUAGGCAGGUCUCUCUAGCCCCGGAAGUCACUGUGUGGGCCGGCCUGCUCUGGAACUCACAGAGCUGCACCUGCUUCCGCGGGAUCUGAGGCGUAUUCCACUACAGCGGCUGUCGCAGGGCUUUGUACACACUCAGGCAUUUCAGCCCCGAACCCCAGCUUCCGCUCUACGGUCCCGGGGCACAGGUGCCCUGCUCCACCCAAGAUGCGGUAGGAAUCGGCGUCCCGGGGAAGGCCUGUCUUUGGCGCCACCAACUCGUCGCCCAAGCUCAUGGCGACCCUAGGCCCGGGGGGCCUGCCGGUGCUGCCCGCCGCCUGGAGCCCAGCAACACUGUACUCUUUCACAAAUGGCACGACUCAGACCCCGGACUCCAGUUCCGGUGGGGGCCUGUCUCCAGAGGCCACUGUGGCCAUCAUCGUGGUCUUUUCCAUCCUGGGGGCCCUCAUCAUAGUGGUGGGGCUAUUCCUGCUGGUGCGGAAACUCCGAGAGAAGCGGCAGACAGAGGGCACCUACCGGCCCAGCAGUGAGGAGCAGUUCUCCCACGCAGCAGCUGAGGCCCGGGCCCCCCAGGACUCCAAGGAGCCAGUGAGGGGCUGCCUGCCCAUCUAGCUCCUCCCUUCUUCCCUGUCAUCCAUCUCCCCUUACUUGCUGUGUGACCUUUGGGGAAGGCAGCACCUCUCUGGGCAAUCAGACUCACCCAGUGCUUAAGAAUAGAAGGAAAGAGAGUUCUUCAAAGAUCUUGACUUUGAGGCCAAGGGAGGAUGGGGGCUGCUCGCUUUUUAUAUAUUUAUAUGAAAUUGAUAGUAAGGUACAAUAAAGGUGUUUUUUUUUUU